UCCAGAUUGCAAGGAAAAUAAUCCAUCCCCUCCUUCUAAAGUAGUAGCAACAAAGGUGUCCAGGCAAAGAACACAUUGUGACACAAGGCUUCCAGGCUGGAAAAAAACCCCAACAAUGAACUUGUUUUUCUACUUGGUGGUGUUUGUAGGAGUUGUCUUCGCUCCCUGUUCUCAUGGCCAAGGCCUUGUGAAAGAAACAACCGAUGGCUCAACUGCUUUGCAACCCUGGCUGGUGGGAUUAACCGCUGUUACGGUCUUCUUGUUUGUGAUGUUCAUGGCAAACCUCAUCAAUCGGAUAUUUUUCUUCCAAAAAAAGGAUGACAAGAAUGAGAUGGAGAACAUAGAGAGCAAGGGCAGCGCUGAGGAAAAUGUCUAUGAAAACAAAGCAAUGGACCCAGAUGAGGAGAAUUUGCAAACCAACAUGUAGAGAAUCAUAACAGCAUGUAAAAGAUCUCUAAGAGAAAAGGGGACCAGCCGCCAUUACAAAAUGACUGAAUUCGGAAUUAUCUGAAAGGCCUGGACAAGAAUUUCCAGAUUCAGCUGUUAUUUUUUUUUAAUCACCAGCGUAUCACUGACCCCUCGAAAUUAGAUGAAACCAAAGCUAGCUCACAAUAGCAACUGACGUUGCCAGGGUGGUGACUAAGUGAAUACAGGUAGUCCUCAACUUACAACAGUUCAUUUAGUGAUUCUUCAAAGUUACAACAACACUGAAAAAAGUAUGUUAUGUCCAUUUUUCACACUUACAACCAUUGCAGCAUCCCUAUGCUCACAUGAUCAAAAUUCAGACACUUGUAAACUGACUCAUAUUUAUGACCGUAUUCAUGUGAUCAUCUUUUGCGACCUUCCGACAAGCAAAGUCAAUGGAGAAGCCAGAUUCACUUAACAACUGUGUCACUAACUUAACGACAGCAGUGAUUCACUUAACAACUGUGGCAAGAAAAGCUGUAAAACGAGGCAAAACUCACUUAACAAAUGUUUCAUUUAGCAACAUAAGUUUUAGGCUCAAUUUGUGGCAGUAAGUCAAGGACUACCUGUAUAUGUCCAUGUUGUUCUCUUGGCAAUAAUGCAAAUGAUUUGCAAUUUCCUUUAUUUCCGUUUGCUGUACAUGUUUUCUGAGCUGCCACUAUGGUCUCCCAUUCAGGCUAGCAGGCUUGAGCGUUUAGCAUCCAGACCUUAGAUGAGGGCAUUCACAACGCCAUAAGAAAGAACGGAUGGAUGAAUGAAUACAUAAAUAAAUUUAUUAAACUGUCUUCUGCAGAAGCCGUCCGAAGUAACUUGCUUCCUUGCAGUCAGCCAUUUCUAUUUGUUUCUUCUAGGUUGCUCAGUUUUUGCAUUAUUCGUUAUUAUUUUUUUCGUGGGAGAUGGUUAAACAGUGGUCUGGAUCUUUUUGAAAGCUACAGAUAGUUCGUUGUGGUAAAAGAGGCCCAUGUUGAGAAAUGUUUCAGAUUGGGCUUGUGAAAUAACAAAAAUAACAAAAGCCUAUCUGCCCAGGUCCAAAAGGAUGCGGGAAUGAAGCAACAGUUUUGCUGAGGUGUCACAAACGCCUGAAAUACACACUGUGCUUCAA